GAGGCUUUUGGCUGGGUGCUGGCCGCUGCGGACAUGCUCCAGGAGCUCUGUGGAUUUCUAAAAAGUUUGAGAGCUGUGAAGAUCAUAGUUAGUCAAUGGUCUCCACGUGAUGCGCCUAUAUAACGGGCGUGAUUCUUCUCUGCAAACUUCAUUCUUCUCAAGACUCUUGUGAGGACAUCACACACCUGCUUGAAGAUUUUGCAGCUAAGCUGCACAGCUUCACCAUGUUGCUACCAUUCCUGUUCCUCUUUUUUGCAUCGUUUGUAAGUGUCGGGCAAUGCGAGGUGGUGAGCAGUUUUAAUAAAUGCCCCAGCUUCUUCUUGGAUGGAAAACUUCCUGACGAUAACCUGAAGCCGCUCAACCCAGCCAGGAUUUGCCAGACAUACAGGAACAAAGUGUUCUAUGCCACGAUGUAUGACAGGACAAACCGCAUUCCUGUCUACUCUGCAUACCUUUACACCCCUUCUCCGGGUGACAGGUCUACCGACUGGAUGAUAGAGCCCCAGCUCGUGCGGAGCAACCUUAACAGAAACAUGGAAGAUGAGCGAGAGAGCACCAUUCCUCCCGCACAGAUCGCUGCAAGCCAGGCCACUUUCAACGACUAUGCAGCAGCCCCUUAUUACGUAGAUAAAGGCCACUUGAACCCCGUGGUCCAUCAUAACACAGAUGACAGCAAAGCCGCCACGUUCACCUUGACCAACAUUGUGCCCCAGUUCAACAAACUCAACCAAGGGCCCUGGGUCAAUUACGAAACUCAGACCAUGUCGCAGAAGACGGCUCAGAACAGGUGCACUAAAGUCCACGUCAUGGUGGGAGCCGUGCCGGGGAAGGACUUCAUAUCAAAUAAGAGAGUCAAUUACCCCAGCUAUGUCUGGUCGGCAUCCUGCUGUGUGAAUGCCCAAAACAAAAGGGUGUCCUGGGCCGUCAUUGCAAGCAACGACCCGAAGAAGCCACCGGCAGUAACGGAGCGCACCCUGCGGCAACUGGAGCAGCAGCUUGCCACCCUGUAUGGCAAGAGGAGCAUCAACCUUUUCAACAGUUCCUGUUACUAGCCCAAACUCUUCCCGCGUGCUUUGCCCUUGCUGAAUUGUCUUCUGAGAGUCGAAUGUGGUGUGGUAGUGGAAGACCAGAGCAAUGGCUCCUCUAGCGUCUCUGCUCUCUGGUGCUGUGCCUGGCUUUGCUAUUGCUUUAGAUCCUUGCAAAACAGGGAAACAAAGGAGAUGAGUCAUAUCUGUCCUACUACAAACCAUGCCUCUCUCAUCCCACUUCCAGCCCUUAAGAAUGACGACCUUUUUCCAGCCUGAGUCGCACUGGAAGCAUUUUCUAGCUAGCAACAGCUUUACUGCCCUGUAAUCACUGCACUGCAGCAGCUGCAUCUAAAAAAUUCUUUUUCUAACUUUAUCUAUUCAAGACCCCCCCCCCGAACAACUGGCCACAAUGUCAUGCUGCCAUGUGAUUCAAGGUCACAGUUAUCCGAUGAUGCUGGCUCGAUGCUGGUUCCAUCCCAUCUCCUUCAUUUGUCACCUGGCACAGUAAAUUUUGAGACUGGUCUUAAAAGGAGAUGGAACAACUAUCGUGUCUCCAAAUCACAUCUUGGUUGCUCAUUAGUUUAGGUGUCUGGUUUUCACUCCUUUUCGAUGCUAAAAAAACCCUUAUGUCAAAUAAAAGCUUAACGCAA